AUGAAGUUCUUCGUUUCGCUGCUCAUUUCGCUCGUGGCUAUCUCCCAGGUCGCAGCUCUCCCUGCGAAGAUUCACCCACCUAUCGGAGGAGGUGCUGUCGUCGCUCAGCCGCCAAUUAGAGUCAACCCACCGCCUAUUGGGGGCGGGGUCAUCGUCAACCCUCCACCUAUCGGAGGCGGAGCUAGCGUUAACCCGCCCAUUGGAGGAGGCGCUACCAUUCAACCCCCUACUCCCAUUGGAGGCGGAGCAAGCGUCAAUCCACCGCCCAUCGGGGGAGGCGCUACCAUCCAACCACCCACUCCAAUUGGAGGUGGAGCUGUCGUCAAUCCCCCUCCUAUCGGAGGCGGGGUUAUUGUUAACCCACCGCCCAUUGGAGGAGGCAGGCUUGAUCGCGGGCUUCUCAUGAAGAAUACCUACGCCCCACAAAUCGAGGAGAAGCAAACUAACCCAGGUCAGGUUCGAGGCGACGGUAUCACUUCACCCAACUUAAUAAUAGCCUAA